UUAAUACGUUUUAGACUUAUUUCCCUUUGCCGACGUGCUUUUGGGCAAACUGGUUGAAAAGCAAUCCACAUUUGAGAUCCGUUCAGCUCAAACUAAUCUCCAUUGUCGUUGAAAUCAGCGUGUUUGUUUUGAAGAGUUGGAAGUAAAGAGAGCAAGUGCGUCACACCACGCCCCCUCAGCGGAGCACAACUUGUGUGGCGCACUACUUUGUCCCUCCGCUUUGCACCCGCGGUGUUCCGGUUCUGCUCACGGUGUCAUGUGUCCAGGGUCCGGCCAGGUCCACUUGCUGCGGUUAAUAUGAGCCCACAGGCGAGCCAUGGGACCCGGACCAGACCUGUUCUACCUGACUUUACUGCUGUGGACCAGGAGAGGCACCGGACUGGCGGACUUCUCAAACUACCUGUCCAGGAUCCUGAGCACUCAUUCCGUCUGGGCCUGCGACGGUCAUCCUGUCCGCCUCCACUGCCCUCGCCACUCCACCAUCUCCAUCCAUCACGCCUUCUACGGCGCCGGCCUGCUGGCCCGGCGGUGCCUGGCGGACUCCGCCCCCGUCCAGGCGGCCCGGAACCGCGGCUGCUCGUCUCUGACCGUGCUGCAGAAGCUGCUGUCGGAGUGUCAGAACCACAGAGACUGUCAGCUCUACGUCAACCACCUGCUCUUUGGACCCGACCCUUGUCCCGGUACCAGCAAGUACCUCCAUGUGGACUACAAGUGUAAACCCACGGAGCACAAAAGGCGAGUGGCGUGCGAGGGCGAGACGGUGGUGUUACGCUGCAAGCCCCCCCGCGUGCUGAACAUCUACUCGGCGGUCUAUGGCCGAGGUCUACACCAGGAGGACACCUGCCCCUCCACCCACACCCUCUUUGACUGCCUGAGCCUGGACGCCGUACGUGUGCUCAACAAGCGUUGCUACGGCAAACAGAGGUGCGCCGUCGUCGUUGGCAACGAGACCUUCAAGGACCCGUGCCCCCCCGGAUCCAGGAAGUACCUCAGUGUGCUCUUCUCUUGCGUGCCCUGGAUUCUACUGAGGGAGGUGGACCCAAAUAUUGCUGUCAUCACCUCGUCAUCGCCAGCACUCAGCACAGAAGGUCUUCCAGUCCAUGUUGACGUCCCGCAUCCCGAAGGCAAGGACGACCCCGGCGCGAUGAUGAGCACCUCCCUCGCCGCCUACGCCUUCAUCAAAGAACAUCCAGACAUGGCGGCGCUGCUGUUUGCUUCCAGCGUCUGCCUGGGCCUCGUGGUCACGCUGCUCGCCGUGUCGGUCCAAGUCACCUGCGGGGGGCGCCGCAGACUCCAGGAGGAGGACGACGACACGGAGGGAAGCUCGUCAUUGGAGGCGAAGUCCGCCUCUGACCGCUGGGAGGAAGUGACGCAGGCGAGCGAGGCGGCGGAGAGGGCGGAGAGGAUGGAGCGCAGGGAGAUGAUCGUGCAGGAAAUACGGAUGAACGCUUACUUGAACGGAGGCUGCGGUCUGUAAGGGCGCCAUCAAAGAAUUGGAAUUAUUACUCUCCAAAUGUUUUGUACACGCACUUUUUGUAUUUCUCUCCAAGCACCACUAGAAGAGGCUGCGAAACAAACACAUACAGCGCAUGUUUCGCCCCCUAGUGGCAGCUGUUGUAAUCAUUGUUUUCUUUCUGGCUCUCAACAAAGGCGAACGCUUUCCAUCCAUUUUCUACCGCUUAAUCCCUUCGGGGUCGCGGGGGGCGCUGGAGCCUAUCUCAGCUACAAUCGGGCGGAAGGCGGGGUACACCCUGGACAAGUCGCCACCUCAUCACAGGGCCAACACAGAUAGACAGACAACAUUCACACACUCUCUCCCUUAUUUCUCCUGCUUUUGCUUCUCUUAACUUCCUGGAGACUCUUUUUGCACUGCCCUCUAAAAUCUGGGAAGUGGAAUUGAUCAUCUUUUGGAGGAGGAGCUCAAAUUGGGAGUGUUGCUGGAUACACGAUGGAGGGUUGCUGGAUACACGAUGGAGGGUUGCUGGAUACACGAUGGAGGGUUGCUGGAUACACGAUGGAGGGUUGCUGGAUACACGAUGGAGGGUUGCUGGAUACACGAUGGAGGGUUGCUGGAUACACGAUGGAGGGUUGCUGGAUACACGAUGGAGGGUUGCUGGAUACACGAUGGAGGGUUGUGUGUCUGGCCUGUUUGGAAUCAUGACCACAGCUCAUCUGCUGGUCCGAGUACAAGCCUUGCUCUGGUCUGUCGACACAUUUGGAGAAAAGGAUUGAUGGGAUGGGCAUAGCUGUGGGCGAUUUCUGGAUUCAACUGCAAUCUGGAUAACAUCUCGGAGAAGCCUGCCACUCUGCAAGACGAUAUCCUGAUCAAUUUGAGGGCCAGAACAGACAAUGGAUGAAUCUAUCGGGAUGUGUUUGCUCGCACUACCCAAAACCAGCCACAUUUUGGCCCUCUCUAGCAAGGUCAUCCUGUAAACACAGCCAGUGAGACCACAGCAAAAGACACUCUGAAAUACUUACCCCUCCCCCCUUUCCUUCGGGGAUGUUUUGACUGGUCACUCUGCAGAAUGAGAGUCAGAGGGCCGUGGCUCCGAACAAAGCGACUCCCAGGCUUAUGGACACACACGCACUUAUGUACUGAUACACCCCAGCCCCUUGUGGCUGUGCCUGCAAGUCUUUUUCAACGUUGUAACAUGUGCUCAUAUCAUACUUGCCAACCCUCCCGAUUUUCAGUGCCCCUCCCGAAAAUCUCCCGGGGCAACCAUUCUCCCGAAUUUCCACCCGGACAACAAUAUUGGGGGCGUGCCUUAAAGGCACCGUCUUUAGCGUCCUCUACAACCUGCUGCUUUACCUCCAUACAAACAGCGUCACAUAAUAUAUGCGGCUUUUACACACACAUAAGUGAACGCAAUGCAUAGUUGGUCAACAGCCAUACAGGUCCCACUGAGGGUGGACGUAUAAACAACUUUAACAGUGUUACAAAUAUGCGCCACACUGUGAACCCACACCAAACAAGAAUGACAAACCAUUUCGGGAGAACAUCCGCACUGUAACACAACAGAACAAAUACCCAGAACCCCUUGCAGCACUAACGCUACUAUAUACACCCCCCGCUACCACCAAACCCCCCCCCAUCUCCCAAAUUCGGAGGUCUCCAGGUUGGCAAGUAUGGCUUAUGUUGCUUGAGGUUUUUUUUCCUGGUUUCAAACUGAGUCUCCCCACUCAACAGGAGCUUAGUCUAGUACAGGCCUGGGCAAGUAUUUUACUCGGGGGGCCAAAUUUAGAUAAAAAAAAAGUGUGUCCUGUUUUUAGGAACACUAAUACAAAACCUCACAAUAAUGAUUGAAAGCUAAAAACGUUACGACAGACCGCCUUAAAAAACGGAAUGAAAUUUGAAAUAGUUUUUUACUGAAUGAGACACCCAGAAUGUGCAAGAAUGUGGGAUUUACAAUAUUAACUAUGAAUGAUAAAACACUGAAUAUUGACAACAUAUUUUAUAAUCAGCCGAAACGCAACCAAAAUGCAACAAACAUAGUCAAAAAACCCCACCUACAAUCUGAGAUAUCUCAGUGACCAUAGUAACUAAUUACAUGACCAUAGUAACUAAUUACAUGACCAUAGUAACUAAUUACAUGACCAUAGUAACUAAUUACAUGACCAUAGUAACUAAUUAGAUGACCAUAGUAAGUCAUUAGAUGACCAUAGUAACUAAUUAGAUGACCAUAGUAAGUCAUUAGAUGACCAUAGUAACUAAUUACAUGACCAUAGUAACUAAUUACAUGACCAUAGUAACUAAUUACAUGACCAUAGUAACUAAUUAGAUGACCAUAGUAAGUCAUUAGAUGACCAUAGUAACUAAUUAGAUGACCAUAGUAAGUCAUUAGAUGACCAUAGUAACUAAUUAGAUGACCAUAGUAAGUAAUUAGAUGACCAUAGUAACUAAUUAGAUGACCAUAGUAAGUAAUUAGAUGACCAUAGUAAGUCAUUAGAUGACCAUAGUAACUAGUAUAUCAUGCAGAUUCCAAGCAUUGAAAGACUUCGGGUCAUUAGAAAACAUGAGUGCACAUCAUAAUGGCAGCUACAUUUUCCAUCUUAAACAUCUAAAACAAUUAUUUGGGCCAGAUUGAAAAGCUCAAGGGGCCGCAUGUGGCCCCCGGGCCUUCAUUUGCCCAGGUCUGGUGUAGUAGUUGCUUUUUUCUCUUCCUCCUCCCCGCAUGUUUACCUUUACUGUCAGGGCCGGCCCGUGGCAUAGGCCGUAUGGGCAAAUGCUAAGGGCGCCGUCCAUCAGGGGGCGCCACGCCGGUGCCACAAAUGUUGGAUUAAAAAAAAAAAGAAAAAAGUUGGUACUAUUAUUUCUAAAUACAAAAAAUAAUCCCACGUCAAUUAAAAUGCAAAGUAAAGCCUAUUUAAUAGAAAUAUUAUUUGUUACAACAUUACAACCCCCCCCCCCCCCUCCCCCAUGGUGCGCCCCCUCCCUUCCCGUAUCAUGACUCUUACCACAUCAAAAAAUCAACACAAGAUGUCAAAACUGUCAGGUGCCCAGGGAAGAAAAAAGAGAAAAGAAGAGGAGAAACGAGAAAAAGACAAAGGUAGCAGGUAGGUAACGUUAGCCUACAUGAAAUUAUUUGUCUGUUACAGAAUGUGAUAGUAACCUGCCCUUUUAGCAUUAAGCUAAGGUUACAUGAUUCGGCAAUUGCUAAUCAAUAAAUAGCUAGUUCUGUUUUAACGUCGGGUUA